AUGAUAUUAAUAAUUGAAGUCACUUUUACUUUCUUGUUGGUAAUGAGCAUAGCUUAUACAACACAUGAUUAACUAAUGGCCCUACUUUAAACAGGUACAUAAGCAACGGAUGCCAUUGACACAGUAAUUGGUUUAUUGAAUGACUUAAUACAAUCAAAUAAGUGCUUAAUUUGCUGCUGA